AUGGGGUCCUUCCUCUUUAUGCUGCCGGUGUUAGUGCUACAUGCUGGAGCCUGGCCGGACCUGGGGCAAUCCAAACAGCGUGCCCAGAAGUGUGUCCGAUGCUGCAGCCCCAUGGGACCCCCCGCUGCUGUCCCUGCCCCUUCCAGUAGGAUGAGUAACUAUCCCUCAUGGGUGAUGCCGCGGCUGCAACCCACCAUUGACAUCACCAUUCUUAAAGGAGAGAAAGGUGAAUCGGGGGAGAAAGGACAAUCAGGAGUCAGUGGGAAGGAGGGGAUGCCCGGCGAAAGAGGCUACAGAGGACGGAAAGGCCAGAAAGGACAAAUCGGCCUACCGGGAAAUUCCUGCAAGCACGUCUAUGAAGCCUUCUCCGUGGGCCGGAAAAAGGUCCUCCACAGCUCUGACUACUUCCAAGAUGUCACAUUUGACACAGAAUUUGUGAAUCUCUACAAGCAUUUUAACAUGUUCACAGGUCGGUUUUCCUGUUAUGUGGCCGGCAUCUACUUCUUCAACCUGAAUGUGCACACCUGGAACUUCAAGGAGACCUACCUGCACCUGAUGAGGAAUGACCAGGAGGCAGCCAUCCUGUACACACAGCCCAGUGACCGGAGCAUCAUGCAGAGCCAGAGUCUCAUGCUGGACCUGGAGGAGGGAGAUGAGGUCUGGGUGCGCAUGUUCAAGCGAGAACGAGAGAAUGCCAUCUAUAGUGAGGAGAAUGACAUCUACAUCACUUUCAAUGGCCACCUGAUUAAAUCUGCUGAGGACUAGCUGCCCCUUUUCCAACUCCCCCAAGACCCAAA